AUGAAUUGUCAUAGUGAUAUAGGUUUUGCAUUAAAUUAAACUUUGGAAAAUAUAGAUCUUAAACUCUUAGAUGAAAGAAUUUAUAAAUUAAAAGGAAAAUAUUGUUUCUUAGGGGUUUAAUAUGAUACUGAGUUCUUUAUUUUUUAGAAAAACGGAAGACUAAUGUAUAUAAAAAAUGGAGUUAUUCUAAGGAUGUAAAUAUUUAUAAUACAUCCAUUUAUAGAGAUUCAUUCAAUUAUAUCACUAAUAUAAUUUUUGACCUUGAAUAGGUCAAAUAUUUAUCAUGGGAAGGAGAAAAAGGAAAUUCGGGAUAAUUUAUAGGACAAUGGAAGGCAAAAUGGAAUGGUAUAAAUCUAAAUAUUGGUGGAUAAUAUAAUGAAUAUGGAAUUAAAAUAGGAAAGUGGUCAGAAUUAGGAAAUCAUACUUAUGAGUAACUAUGAACUAUUAUUCUAAAGAGAUGAUUAUCUAAUUCAUGUAGGAGAGUAUAAAAUGGGUAGAAAAUAAAGUUUAUGGGAAACAAUAUACAAUGAUAAGAUAAUGUAUUUAUAUAUUAACUUUAAGUGGAUUUGGUAUUUAUAAUUAAUUAGGUAUAAAAUGUGGAAAAUGGUAGGAACCAAUAUAAAGUUAUUCUGGGUAGAAAUAUAUAUAUAUAAUAAAGGACAAACAAUGUCCUUUGGAUUGGAAAUUAUAAUGAUGAAAUCAAAGUGGGUAAAUGGGAUGCAAUACAUAAAAAAAGUUAUUAUAAUACAGAAUUUAUGUCUCUGUAAAUAUGAUUUUUAAAAGUUUAGUGGAGGUGGAAAUUAUACUAAUAAUGGAGCGAAGGAUGGAUAUUGGAUUGAUUUUGAUGACAUAAACUAACAGUACUGAUGAAUUAAAAUUUGAUUUUUCAAUAUUCAUUUUUAAGAUAAACAUUAGAAUUUAAAGUAGAAAAAUAUAGAUCCUAAUAUAAACUAUUGUACAAAAUCACUUGAAUUUUAUAGUGGAUUAUUUGCAUUGAAGAUUGGUUAAUAUUUAAAUGGAGCCAAGAUUGGAAAAUGGGUAAUAAAAUACUUAGAUGAAAUCAUGUAUUUUAAAUACUAAUUUAAGUGGAGGAGGACAUUAUGAUUAAUAAGGAUAUAAUAUUGGUUAAUGGAUUGAGGUACAUGAAAAAUUUAAUUGGUAAAUUAUUAAAUAUAUUUAUUAUUCACUGUUAAAUAACUUUUCAUGGAUUUUAUUAAAAUGGGUACAGGUAUGGAAAUUGGAAAUAUUUUUAUUACAUGACAACAUUAAUGUAUGAAAAUUAGAUAUCUAAAGGGGAUGUGGUCAUUUUGAUGAAAAUGGAAUUAAAUAAGGAAAAUGGAUAGAAUUAUUUUAGAAUUUUUGGGGGUUCUUUAAUCAUGUUUAAUAUAGUUCUUGUUAAAUCACUGAAGAAGGAGAAUAUAAAAAUGGAAAAAGGAUUGGAUUUUGGAAUAUUAUUGAUUAAAAUAAAAUUAUGUUAGUAUUUUACUAAUUAUUAUAGAUCAGGAGGAAUUUAUAAUGAAAAAGGAUUAAAAAAUGGAAUAUGGACUGAUUUGCAUGAUAAUUUCAGUUGGUAUCAUUUUUAACAUUUUUAGUUUCUGUGAAAUAUCUUACUAAGGAUAAUAUAAGUAAGGAAUCAAGGUUGGGUAAUGGAAAACAAUAUAUGAUGAAAGACAUAUGUAAAAAUAUAAAAUUUAAAUAUAAAUUAGUGGAGGUGGAAGUUAUGAUGAGAAAGGUAUGAGAAAUGGUAUAUGGACUGAUCUGGAUGAAAAUUUUGAUCGAAAUUUGUAAUCAACGUUAUAUUUAUAUACACAAAAUUAUGAAAAUGGUUAAAAAAAGGGAAAGAUGAUCAAAUAAUAAUUUGAAAGAAAAUUAUGA